AUGUCGGAAGGCGGUGCUGCUGCGGCUGCGGAGGAAGGCCCACCAUCCGUGCCUGCUACCCUCGACGAGCGGUCUCAAGGGCGGCGAGUGAUCGUCAUCUUGAAACGAGCAUCGCUGGAGACGGUCAAGACCAAGAAGGGCGACUUUCAGCUGCUCAACUGCGACGAUCACCGUCGGCUGGUCACCAAGAAGUCGGGAAAGGAUCCCAAAGACCUGAGGCCGGACAUCGUGCACCAGGAACUCCUCGCGCUGUUGGAUAGCCCCCUCAACAAGGCCGGCAAGCUUCAGGUUUAUAUCUUGACGACGCUGAACGUUCUCAUCGAGGUCAACCCGCAGAUCAGAAUUCCCCGAACCUUCAAGCGAUUUUCAGGGCUUAUGGUGCAACUCCUUCACAAGCUGAAGAUCCGGGCGGCUGGCAACAGCACGAUGCUCCUCAAGGUGGUCAAGAACCCGCCGACCCGGCAUCUCCCUCCAGGCAGCAAGACGUUCGGUCUCUCCGUGGAGGGUACCCUCUACAACCCGAACCACUUCGCGGCAACCCUCCCGGACGACGCUCCGAUCGUCUUCUACAUCGGAGCGAUGGCUUCGGGGCAUCUCACCAAGGACGAGAACCCCGAGAUUGAGGAGAUGAUCGCUAUUUCGGAGUAUCCGUUGAGCGGCGCUGCGGCAAUAUCGAGACUGUUCGGCGGCAUCGAGAACCACUGGGGCAUCUUCUGAUGGCGCGUGUUGUGCUGCCGCGGUACAUCGCGGAAGGACGGACGCAAAUCGUACUAGUUUCCUCGGAGAGCGUUAGUUUCUUGGUACAGUAGUUUCGUGUUGUGAUG